AUGCAAACCAUCCAAGAAGACCCCGGCGCCAUCUUGCCGUACAACAUGCACGUCUCGUCGCGCUACCUCGAUCUCACGCGGCAGAAACUCGAGCUGACGCGGUUGCCCAAGGAGAAUGGGCGCGAGGGGGACGCGUGGGCGCUGGGCACGCCGAAGAGUGUGCUCGAGCCGCUGUUGGAUUACUGGCUGGAAACAUACGACUGGCGCGCAUCAGAAGAGCGCUUCAACGCCGCCCUGCCGCAAUUCAGAACCCUCCCUGCUCUAGAUAAUACUAAUUAUAAAGAGCCUGUCCGCACGCACUUCGUCCACGCCCGCUCCCCCGACCCGACAGCCUUCCCCCUCCUCUACAUCCACGACUGGCCCGGCAGCUUCAUAGAAGCCACGCGCCUGCUGCCCCUCCUUACAUCGCCACCCACCCCCGCCCACCCCACCGACUCCACAGCCUCCACAGCCCCCAAGCACCCCCCCGCGUUCCACGUCGUAGUCCCCAGCAUCCCCGGCUUCGGCUUCAGCGACGCAUCCCCGGACCCCUCUUUCGGCGCCGCGGGCGCCGCCGCCGUGUUCGCGGGCCUGAUGCGGCGGCUCGGGUACGCCGAGUACGUGGUGUGCGGGAGCGGGUGGGGGUUCGAAGUCGCGCGGGCGCUGGCGCGGCGCGGCGAGGGCGUCGUAGGCGUGUUCACGUGGAACCCUGUUUUCGGGGCGCCGACGGCGCGGGGCGAGUUCGGGGCGUGGGUGAGGUGGCUGGUUGCGCGGGUUACGGGGGCGAGGUGGCCGGGGGCGAGUUUUGGGUAUGUGCCUGCGGAGGUGCGGGGUGUGGAUGAGGGGGGUGGGGAGGGAGGGGGAAGGGGUGCAGGCGCGAGGCCGCUGGGCCCCGUGCUGCACCAGUUGCUGGCCAGCCGGCCGCAGACGCUGGCGUUCUCGCUGUGCGAUUCGCCCGUCGGGCUGCUGGGCGUGCUGCUCGAUCUCGUGGCGGCGCGGGGCGAGAUCAGGGCGCCUGCGGUGCGGCCGCGGUCGCCGUUUCUGGACCCGGGGGAGCUGGAGAUGCAGGACAGGGAGUAUGAGGCCGCGGGGCACGAGCGCGUGCGCUCUGACGACACGAUCAAGGCCGCAGAUCAUAAUGGGAAUCUUACUGACUUGACUUGCAGGAUGUGGCUCCCCGGCGCCGAAGCAGGACUCCGCUGGCUGCGGCGCGCGCACAUCGAGACCUCGGCGCCAACAUGGAGGGCCUACUGCAGCGUGCCGCUGGGAAUUAGCAGCUUCCGAACGCGGGCUGCGGCGACGCCGCUGAUGUGGGGCGCGGCAUCGUGGCCGAUCGCGUGGGUGCAGAGACACCAGGAGGCGGCGGAGAUGCCAGCGUGGGAGGCGCCGGAGCUGUUGGCGGGCGAUGUGAGGGAGUGCUUUGGGCGGCUGCUGGACGGUCGGGGAAGGAGUGCGGAGGUUAUGGUGUGA